GCUAAUAAAUUCUCAUAUAGACAGCUUAUACACCAAGACCGAGUCUAGUAUGGCAAUGUCAAGCUCGGCCGAGUCCAGCAUAUCUCUAAAACUUCUGAUGGACACCAAGGGAAAAAGAGUUCUGUUUGGUGAGGCAGGUAAGGACUUUACUGAUUUUCUCUUCAACCUUUUGUCUUUGCCUGUGGGAACAAUUGUCAGGCUGCUCUCAACCAAUGGCAUGGUGGGAUCCAUCGGUAAGCUCUACAAGAGCUUUGAAAACCUAAGUGACACAUAUAUACAACCUAAUGUACUCAACAAGGACACACUUCUCAAACCAAACUCACCAAUUGGUGGCUCUACAGCCCUUCUUUCGUUGACUACUACCAACCAAACAUCCCCGGCCAAAAGAGUAUACAUCUGUUCUUGGCCUUCAAAUAAUUAUCAAUCUGGUAGCGGUGGUUCUCUUUUUGCUACUGGUUACUCUAAUCGCAGUUGCAGCAAACAGCACGCAUCUGAUGACCCGCGGGCCAUUUGUCCCAAUUGCAAACGUAACACCUCCAUCGAGGUGCCGUAUGUCGCCCCGCCGGCUCCUAAAGUUGGGGGGUCAUCUUCUGAGGGAGGUUUUGUGAAAGGUGUCGUUACAUAUAUGAUAAUGGACAACCUCGAAGUCAAGCCCAUGUCUACCAUAUCAAGCAUUGCUAUGCUGAAUAAGUUCAAUGUUAAGGAGGUGGGUGCACUUGAGGAAAAGAUAGUUUCGGUAGGCAUGAAAGAGGGCUUGAAAUUGUUGAAGGCUUCGCUGCAGACGAAUACUGUUCUCACCGACGUUUUUCUAGAUUAGUAACUAAUUUGAAAACGUGUCCUGCACGUGUUGCAGUGCCGAAAUUACUUGAAUAGUUUAUUAUGUACUACAUAAUGAGAUGCAUAGUUUAAGUGUCUUUGAGUUAUUUUACAGAUAAUUGUUUUAUAAUUUUUGUCGAAACAAAAUUUGUUUUGAUUUAAACAUUUAUAUUCCGUUUGUUUCCCAGGUUUGAACCAUAAAAGCUCAAGGUCGAAAAGAUUGAGAAAUAGAACCAUCUGAUUUGAUUCGUUCUCAAUAGCCAUGAGAUGAUCAUCUUAGGGUGAUCCUUUUGUUGACGGAUGCUCCUAUUACACUCGUAGUCUCUGAAGGAUGAGAACCAACUAUGUAGCAUCUACAUCGAGAAUUCAAGUAUUGUAUACGUCAUUAGUCUUUUUAAUUCUAAGACCAGUAGUUCUAGGACUCGACUCGCUUCUUUCAAACUGUUUCUCAUUAUUAAGAAAGGGUAACAAACAUAAAAUACGAGCUUGUUUUAUAGCAAUAGUAAUUAAUCGUUGUUGUUUUAAGGUCAAUCUAUUCACCCGUCUAGAUAAUAUCUUUCCUUGUUCACUAAUAAAUCGACUAAUUAAACUCAUGUUUCUAUAAUUAAUUUGAUCCCCCGAUUGUAUCGGGGGCAAACGCCUACGAAAAGAUCGCUUAGAUUUAAGAAAGAGUCGCUUGGAUUUAUCCAUGAUUUUUUUAUUCCUUGU